CCCCAAGUAACCAAGCUGAUGCACCAAAUUGAUUUGAGCUUGAUGACUUUAUCUUCUUUUUGACCCUCAGAAAGUCAAGCGUCAAAUGACAUCACACAGUUGAUGUUACUAAGCGAGCACUUCCGCUUCAUCCUCCCACUGUACCCCACGCGACACAUUUGUAUCCCAGUAUCCCCAGUUUCGGAGCCUGGGGAGCCGUGAAUCCUCAAAGCAAACCCUAUGUGAGAGCCUGGAGCGACGCCUCAGGGCUUAUAUCACAAUCAUCCGUCGACAGCAAUUUGGUGAUACGAUUUUGUGAGCAUGUCGGCAAAGAAAAGUGGUCCAAUGCCUUCCGACUCUGCACCCAUCGCCGAGCCCCUCCUCAGUCGCUUGAUUGUGGCACCGGUGCUGUUCGUAUCAUUUCUGAUAUCAUUAUUUCUCAUUGACCGCCAAACAUAUGGCAGCAUCUUUGCCCGAUCCGGUAGCCAGGAUGGAUAUUAUCAUUCCCAUCAGCGCAAAUUGGCGAAGCGAGAGAUGGACGACGCUUUUCAGAUGCGAAACAAGGUCAUCGCCGCCAUGGUCUUGCUGAGCGCCGUCUCUCUGGCUCUGCUUGCUUGGAUAUUGGAGUCGGGGUGGAAAGUGUGGAAAUAUCGGGCGUGAACAUUGCGGCACUGAGCACGGGGGACUCGCAUUCUCGGCAAUAUCUGCUUGGGAACAUCUGGUUGUUUCAUGUCACAGGAAAAGGUUGUUUGGAGUUUCACUUCUCGGGGGCAUCUGUCGGGAAUUUGGUUAGCCGUCGAUGCAAAUUUCCUCAAGGUAUCAGGGCGCAUGGGAUUCAUAUUGCAACGAGUACGGGGGAGGGGAUUGCUCUGAGUGUGGAACUUACCUGGAAGUCUCUCAAUUACAUAUUUCCCCCGAGCCACACUCAUGAUCGGUACUCCAGGCACCUUUCGAACCCUCCUCUUCAAAUCUCUAUCGUUG